UGGUAAACUUUCUCGCUGUCUAUCUAUCUGUGUGUAUGUGUGUGUGUGUGUGUGUCUGCGCGCAGCUGCCUGACGGAGCAGACGUCACUGAAGGUCUGAGCUCGGAUUUCUUUUGUUGUGACGCCCGGUUGCUCAUCCUGGCCACUCACUCAGUGUAGACAGAGAGGGCAGACAACUGAGGAACUGCUGGCGGCUGCUGCUGCUGCUGCUGCUCUUUGGAGACGCGCAGCAACCACUUCACACUGCGCUCAGUCAAACCACCAGGGCAAGGAGAUCUCACCUGCUUCCCCUUGGAGGAGUUAAAGAAGUUCCGAGAAUUUGACAAGACAAUAAUAAAAAAAAAGAAUGCGGCGAAGCCACACUGCAAGAGGAUAGUCCCGUGAGGUUAAAGGCGAAUUCCUGGUCUGAGCGACUGACUUGCUCCUUGUCUUGGGAUUUGAGGGAAGGAUGGAAGACUUGCUGAGGGAGGAGAGUGUCCCCAGAUUGGUGCUAGGAGUUAACAGUGGUCUGUGCUUUUCACUGAGAGAGUCCACUGGCUCAUCGCUCCCAAACACACGGCAAAUCUGAGGCAGUGAACUGCAAGCAGCCACCCAAAAUCUUCAUGAAGGGCUUCAUGCUUUGAGAGGCCGGGAGGUGUGUGCUGGAUCGCCGUCGUUUUCCGGGGCUGUUUCUUGUCUCUUUUCCUGACGCGAACCGUUAGCCAUGGCAGCGGCUAUUGCGAGCUCCCUGAUUCGGCAGAAACGCCAGGCUCGGGAGCACCACCUGGACAGACCCAUGGUCACCAAACGCAUUAACAGUCCUCACAAAAACAAAGGAAUCUGUAAUGGGAAUCUGGUAGAUAUCUUCUCGAAAGUCAGGAUCUUCGGAAUGAAGAAGAGGAGACUAAGGAGACCAGAUUCUCAGCUCAAGGGUAUAGUGACCAGGUUAUAUUGCAGGCAAGGCUUCUACUUGCAGAUGAACUCUGAUGGAGCUGUUGAUGGAACAAAAGAUGACAGCAGUAAUUCCACAUUGUUCAACCUUGUGCCAGUGGGACUCCGUGUCGUUGCAAUUCAGGGCGUGAAGACAGGGCUGUACGUGGCCAUGAAUGGUGAAGGAUACCUUUAUACAUCAGAACUUUUUACACCUGAAUGCAAGUUUAAGGAAUCAGUGUAUGAGAACUACUAUGUGAUCUAUUCGUCAAUGCUCUACAGACAGCAGGAAUCUGGCAGAGCUUGGUAUCUGGGUUUCAACAAGGAUGGCCAAAUCAUGAAGGGAAAUCGCGUGAAGAAAACCAAACCAGCAUCUCAUUUCCUGCCCAAACCAUUGGAAGUUGCCAUGUACCGAGAGCCAUCACUGCACGACAUUGGUGAAACCGUACCGAAAAAUGCAGCCACCCCCAGCAAAAGCACAAGUACUUCUGCAAUAAUGAAUGGAGGAAAGCAAGUGAAAAAGAACAAGUCAACAUAGCCAGCCAGAUCUUGGUGAGGACGUGAAUUCCUAAACCAUUGCACUGUUGUGUGAUUUAUCCCUGGCAGACUCUCUCCUUCUAAUGUCUGUGGAUCAGGUAAAGCAAGUGAACCCCUUGUUCAUUGCAGUCUUUGGUCUAUCUCAUUGCAAGUGGAUAAAUCUCAAUGCGUAGCUCUUUCCACAACAAGAAGAUAUUUGGAGAACCAGCUAAACUCUUACCAUGGAUGUCCUACCAAGAUAAUGGAAUGAAUGCCUUUUAUCUAUUUCCACUUAACUGUGACACUCCAUGAGAAUGACGUAUUUCACAACUGCAUUUGGUACAUUGCCUGCUAAACACACACCUGAGAGAGUGUCUCUUUUUUCGAGUCCCGGAGAAGGUUAAGUGUUUCAGACCUGUCGAUUUGUAACACAGCAGACAGCAGUGGGGAUCGCAGAUCAUUGCUGUAUAUCUCUGCUCAUUCAGGACUAAGUCCCUCUCUCGUUUUUUAACAUGGCUGCUCUAUGCACUGUCCUAACCUCUUUUUCUUUCACAGGGACUGUUGUGUGUUUUUUGCUGUUGAGGAAAAGUAGACGAAGAGAAAAUUAAAAUGCCAACACUGGGUUGACACCAGUGUUGGACUGGAAACAUCAACAAUUAUCAGGGAUAUGGGAAGUGUCAGAAAAAAACUAUGACAACAAUGUGUAUCAAUGAGCCACGGGAUCAAUGUCUCAAUCUAAUGGCUAGAUGUGCAAAUGAAAAGAGACUGACAAAUUGCUCUUUAGAUUGGUGGUAGUGUAGAGGGAAUUAGUCAAUCACAAUCAGUAGAAGGUGCUCUGAUGAGCACCCGGCUCCUCCACAGUUCCCUUUUUUUGUGACGUUGUGCUGCACACACUGGUCAUGCCCAAUGCCUUGUCCAGUGAGCAGGCUCCACUGCUCCCCGAUUGUGUGUGGGGCUAACCCAUGCGCAAAAGCUAACCCUUUCAACCCUCCCUCCCCCCCCAUCAGCAUUCUUGGAAAUUUUGUGUUCCACAUUCAUACCCUGGGAUUGUGCUUUCGAUGGCUCAUUGGGAAAAGUCUGCUCCCUGCUUGAAUUAAACCCAAUGCUGAAACAAUGUCACAGGACCAUGAGCAAUUCCGUCUAGUUUAUGGGGAGUGUAGGCAAGGCUAUCUAUCGGUGUGUGACCUCACCACAGUAACAGGAGGUAAGAUUGAAAAGAGGUGCCUUUGUUAUCGUUAUGGAGUGUGUAAAGAAAAAGGGAUUUUAAUGGUUGUGAGGGAGACUUGUGAGAGUUUUCUUUUUGUUCUCCUCUUUAAGCUCAGCAUGUAGUUCGGCUCAUUGUGGUCAAUGUGCCAGCGUACCUCUAGCCCAGCAUGCAGCUGGCCACGAGUCGCUGGAAACUGCUGGGCUGCAGGUGAUUUGCCUUGUCUUUAAAUGCACACCAAAACCAGGAGUCCUAGUGGAAGAGGAGGUGAUUAUCGUGAGUCAUAGUUAACUUCAAUCAAUUAAUUUAUCUGAAUUACUGAGUUAUUUUAAGUGCUUCAUAUAGUUUCCUUUUCUAAUCACAAAUCAAUGUCAACAUGCUCCAUGUUAUUUAGAAAUUUCAUUCUUUUCACAGUUUACCCUAUUCCACCAAAGCAAACUAACCUGAAAAGACACAAAUAGCUGGCUGACAAAUACUCAAAUUGUUCUAACUAGAACUUCCCACAUUACUCUCAUAACUGCUUGCUACAGUAUUCUAGCUAAGCAAUCUUCCAACAUGCUGAAAUAUUAAUCAUCAAAAACAAUUACAUUGAUAUUUUAACUCCACCCAGCCAGUAAUUUUAAUAGUAAGUUUCUUCAAUAUAGUUUCUACUGUAAUUCUACCAAGUGAGAAGUGCUUUAUUCUGAUGUGUAUUGAACAGAAGCUUAAGAUAAUAUAAUUCCCAAACAUGGGACUUGAGAGGGUGUCUAAGUAAGUAAGUAAGUAAACUCAGUAAAAUAGCAAAAAAGUCAUAAUUAAUUCAGGAAAAUCUAUCCUUACCAAGCUAAGUGAAAUCUUUCGAAAUAUAAUACACAAUGACAGCAUCACCAAAAUGAAAUCAAGUGCGAGUCCCCUAGACCUAGCUAAAACUGUCAUUUGUUGAAUGAAAAUUACUUUUCAACAUGUUUACGAACACCACUGCCUCAAAACAAAGAUUGGAGUCGUGAGAUUCAUGGCCGCUUACUAUAUAUAUGACGAGACUCAAUGUAAUGGAGAAUGCAAAACAUGAAAAAUGCAUUUAACUGAAAUAAAGGAGAGAAAUGUGAAUAUUGAGUUUAAUUUAAAAUCAAAAAAUAAUGACUUCGCUACACUGUGAGUUGUGUCAUUAUAUCAGUGAAGGAAAACUAAUUUAGGAAACUGAUGAGUAGGACUUUAUAAAUGUGAAUUCUCAAAGAUGAGCAUUGUACUAAUUGAAAGCCAUUCUAUAGUCUGGUACUAUUCAGUAUGUUUCAAUCAUUUUAUUUUCAACCAGAUUGUGCAAACAUAUUCUCACUUUCCCAUAAGAUUUACUUGUAAUAUAGAUGGUCAAAGUGUUUCUGCAUUACAAAGAAUUGUUUGUCAGCUGCAGGUUUCGCAGUUCUUAACAAGCUUGAAAUCAAUUCAAUAAGUAUUUUUUCUUUCUAAUAUUUCUGGUUUAUUUUACAAAAUAUUUCUGCAGAUUCUUACUGAGUAGGAAAUGUCGCUCUGCUGCUGCUAUGCUGCUAAUGUGUUACAUCUGAUAACUUUUAGCAAUUUAUAACUCAUUGUUUGUCCAAUGACCGAUUUGUGUUUUUUUUUAAUAAAAAGGAACAGAAAAGAAGAUUUAAGCACAUCAGUCAGCCAGCGCGGAGUCUCUGUACUGAGCUAAUUAAAUGCUGUGAUUAAAAAUGAAACUACUUGUAAGAGUAAUUUUGAUUUUGGCUUUAUGGGGGCAGGCGUGACCAGAGAUCACAUGGAGAAGAUCACAUACAACUUGAAGUUUUUGACAGUGAACUCUUAUCAUUUGCCCUUCACAAAACAAUUGAUGAAUUAAACUUGGGCUGAAUUUAUUUUUGUUAAUGACAAUGAGUAUAUAGCUGUUAAUCCCUUUUUUGUUCUCCUUUGUUUAUACGUUGUCAGUGAGCGUGUUUUUUCCAAAUGAAUGGUUGUCCUUGACAAAUUACUUCUUUUCAUGUUUUUGUUUUUAGAGAGACAUACAGCAGAGAGGGAUAUUAAUUCUUUGUGCUUUGGUUCCUAUUUUUGUCUGUUGUCUCAUUUGUUGCAUGGGAAGAGGAUGGCAUUGAUGAAACAGAACUGCAUGUAGUAGGUUGUAUGUAUCAAGAACUGUUGGUAUGUAUUACUAAAUUUACAUACAUAUAUGCAAAAAAGUUUGUCUGCAUUGUACAGUUUAAAUGUUUAUUAUCAUUUGUUGUACACAAAUACAGCAUAUUGAAUAAAAUAUUUCUAUGAAGACACAG